AUGAGCUGGCCAGGCCACAUCAAUCCCUCCCUCCCGCUCUGCCGGCGCUUGGUGGACUUGGGAUGGGAGGUCGUCUACUUGGGAGUCGCAGAAUUCCGAGAUGCGAUCACUGGCGCCGGGGGAAGAUUCUCCGACUUGAACGAGUUGGGGAAGGAGUUUGGGAUAGAAGAUGUCAGGGGCAUGAUCAUUGGUACUCUGGCAGACUACGGCCCCGAUGCUCGGGCAUGGGCCCUGAAUUUCGGCAGCAUUGCCCUUCAGAAGCUGCUACCGAUGUACAUUUCGUUUCUGCAGCGCUUGGCUCCGCAACUGGUGGUCUACUGCCCCGUGUUAUCGCAGGUUGCCCACCUUGCUGCUGAGCACCUGAACAUUCCGGAUGUCUCGCUGCUCACGGCAGCCGGACCAGGGUACUGGGACGCAGCCUUCGCAGUGCACGGCGGCUCAGCGGAAAGCCUCGUCGCUGCCGUCAAGCUCAACAGCGCCAACUCGGCAGCCAUCGAAGGGGUGCGUUCCAUGCUCAACCGGCCAGAGCUGUCUUUGAAUACAACUGAACCGCUGGUGCAUGACUACUACACCACGGUGAAUUUGGUGACCACGGUCCCUUUCCUGGCAGACAAGCUGAAUGAGAAGGACGCCUCCUUCUAUGAGUCGGUCGGGAAGAAGUUCGAGUUUGUUGGCCCGAUUCUUGCUCCGCCUGCUUAUCCUGAGUCGACGGAGCUUCUGGGAAAGAUCGAAGCGGCCACCCUGAAAGGACAGGAGGUGCUGUACGUGUCCAUGGGCACAGUCCUCACAAGCAGCCAUGCUGACUUUGGCUGGGCUGGCACUGCCGGCAGCGCCAUCACAGGGAAGGAGAUGUGCCAUGCCGUUUUCCGCUGCCUUUUCACCGAGCUGGCUUCGACCCAGCUGAUGAACCCAGCUCCCUUGAUCAUUGUUUCCACAGGUCCGCAGCCCGACGCCUUGGAAGGCAUCGAAGUCCCGACGAACGCGCUUUGUGCUCCCAGUUUGCCACAGGUCGAAGUCCUACGCAGAGCGAAGCCAGCCCUCUUCGUCACGCAUGCUGGUCAGAACUCCUUCAUGGAGUCCUUGUCGGUCGGGACUCCCGUGCUCUGCUGCCCCGGGUUUGGCGACCAGCUUGCCACUGCCGCAAAGGCAGAGCGCAUAGGGCUGGGUCUCAAAGUCGAUCGGCCGUCGACGCAAGAGGGAGGAGCUUCUGGCGAGGCCCUCGCAGGCUACGAAGCAGCGAUUGCGCGAAACCUGCAUCGAAUGCUGGGGUCAGAACGGCCAAAUUUUACAAGGGCGGCCCAGCUGGUAGCGAAGGAACUGGCCGAGGCAGGUGGUGUGGAGAAAGCUCUCCAGGCGUGCCUCAGGGCGGCGGAGGUGGGCAAAGCAUGA